AUGAGAAAGAAAUCUACUUCUUUUGGAAAUAAGAGAAAGCAAGUGAACUAAACAAGACAGUCUCGUAACCCAACUUUCUCUAUGGGAAAAAAUAAAGAAAAGCACUUUACUCUUGCUAGUGAAUUAGAAGAAUAUGCUGAAAUAUGCCACAUCAACAAGGCAUUCCUCUAUAAAUUAGAUAUCUGA